ACUACCAAAGCAAAGGUUAAGUUCCUUGCUUCCUGCAUCUGCGUUUCUCCAAAACUUAACUAAAAAACGAAAGAGUUCCUUGCUUCUGCAUCCCUUCUAGUAGUAUGUAACUUGUUGUAUCCAUCUUGGUACUUGCGCAGAGUCGCAGAGAGAGAUUCAGGAAGAGAUCGACGAAAUGCCUGAGCUCGUAGAAUUCUGGGUGGAGGUGGUGUGGCUGGGGUCGCGGUGGUGGCCAAACAAUGGCAUCGCGGCGGGCAGCCCCGUGCUGAACCGCGCCGUGCGCGCCUUCCGCAACGCCGCCGCCGUCGCCGCCUGCAAGGUCGCCGCCGAGGACGCGUUCCACUGCUUCGCCACCGGGGACGUUUCGAAGCACAAGCUUGAGCAUUCGCUGAAGAAAAUUUGCAAGGAGGGCGCAUACUGGGGUACUGCUGCUGGAGUUUAUGGGGCCAUGGAGUCUACGGUGGAGGAGAUGCGUGGUCGCACUGACUGGAAGAACGCGGUGAUCGGAGGCGCCCUAGCUGGCGCGGUCAUGUCUGCUGCCACCGGCGCCGGCAGGAACAGCCGCAGAGACAAGGUGGUCAAGGAUGCCAUCGCCGGAGCCGCCAUCGCAGCCGCCGCCGAGUUCAUCGGCCAUCGCAUUCGCGUGGAUCUGGGUGUCGUCAAGUCUGGUGAUGCCAGCAGCAACAAAACGAGCGAAGGUCGAAGUGGUGCCGAGUUAUACGUAUGGGAACGCCGCCGCCAAGACGUGGAUCCAUGGGUCAUGGGCCGAGGUGUGGAGCUGCCUCUGCAAUUCAGGACGGCGGAUCCAUCAUCAUGAAUGGGCUGGGCUAUCCUUUCACGCGCCACACGCCUGGCCCUGCCCGUUUAACAAAAGGAAAUGUUUUAGCUCCAGGCUCCCUCUCGAUCGAUCGUGUAUCUGUUUUCAUUCAAGUUUUCAUCAAAAUUUGACGGCCCAAAUAACAAAUUUGGAUGUAAACAUCACAUUGAUGAAUACUAAAGCCAUAAAUCCCUUGGC